GUAAAAUCGCACAGACACGAAAUAGUGUUAUUAAUAUUUUAUUUUUAUAUAACGCUAUUAAAUAAUUAGUAAUUACAGUAUUUUAUUACACACAAAGUAACAACAUUAACCUUCAUCAUUCAUUGUCGUCAUAUUUUCCGUUAUGAUCGGACCGGGUGAAUUAAUAUUAGAAAAGCGUAGGCCGACCUGACAAAUAUUUGUAACGAGUUCCAGCUAGGUACCGGUUAUUAAGUAAUUAAGCAAUAGUCACUGUCAAGAUUUUUGUUUUAAAUUCAUCAUAACGUUUGUGCCCACUGUCGAACAGUUGGAUGGUUGCUGUCCUGACGAUGGACGGCAAUCGUUCGUGGAACAAUUGUCACAGAAAUAAUGAUCAUCAUCUGCUGACAGCCAUGUAAAAUGAUCAGACUGCCACCACAUUCCGCCCAACCGGACAUUGUCUGGCCCCAAUGAUACAGUCAUUCAUCAUUCAAUCGUUCAAAUGAUCAUCAAACCAGUAUGAGAUUAAACAUAAGGACUUUUUUUUUAGUUCUUUCUUCUUUAAUUAUAGUAUGCACAUUGUCAUUAUGGUCCAAUUGCUCAAAUCAAACAUUUGAUACAUUUUCAAAAAAUAUUAAACCCGAUUACGAAUCAUUAGUUCAAAAUGUACAACCAAUAGACUGUCUCAUUAACGGAAAUAAUGUUCACGUGGAUUGCCUUUUAAAAAAUAACACAGUUUAUAUUCCGUUUUCAUUUCUAAAAAAUUAUUUUGAGGUUUAUGGAAAAAUUAUAGAAACUGAUGAAAACAAAAAAAAAUUCCAUUGGUCACAUAGCUAUUCCAAAAUAUAUCAUCAAAAUGGAAAAUAUGACUCUCGAGGUGUGUUCACAAAUUUCCAAAAUUAUAAAGUUGAAGAAAGAGAUCGUGUAAAAUGUGUUAGUGCUUCUGAAGGAGUCCCAGUAUCGACUCAGUGGAAUCCUCGUGGUUAUUAUUAUCCAACACAAAUAGCUCAAUUUGGGUUAUCUCAUUAUAGUAAAAAUCUUACUUUACCAUCACCAAAAGUAAGGGUCUUAGAAAACGGUCAGUUAAAUCCUCUAUGGAAUGUUCCCGAAACAUCAAAAAUACAAAUAGUAUUCAAUGCUCAGGUCAAUAGUAAAGUUAUUGAUUUUUUCAGUACAGAUAAACCAAUUUUGUUAAAAAUUGACAGCAAAGAAGAUUUUUUUAUUAGUUUUGAUGUUGCUUUGUCGUUAUCAAAAAGUAGUAGUAUUGUUGUAAGUAUAAAAGAAAUAAAGGAUCAAGAAGUAUGGAAUCUGCAUUACAUAUGUUCUAGAACAUUUAUAUUUGCAAAGGGUCAUAAUAUUUAUCAUGGAAUGCAUUGUGGUAAAGAAUUUGGUUGGAAAAAAUUAACAAGAAAUGUAUUAGUUGACUUACAAAAGGGUUUACACGUAUUAAAAAAAACAACAGCAAAAAUGUUCCGUUCAAAAUAUAAGUUAUGUGAUUUUAAACUGUAUGGAGUUGGAUUCUUAGACAACUUAACACUGAGUUCUAGUGAUCAUAUUAGUCAAUUUUAUGCUGCAGCCCAUUGGUUCAAUAAACAUCAAGAUAAAGAGUCUGGAGGAUGGAUUAAUCCUGUUACUCGUAAAAUAUCCCCCGUUAUCAAACCAUUAAAGCCAGGAUGGUUAUCUGCUAUGGGCCAAGGUCAAGCAAUAUCAUUACUCUCCAGAGCAUUUUUCCAUUCUGGUGGCAAUGAAGUAUAUUUAAAAACAGCUCAUACUGCUCUAAAGCCGUUUAAAAUUUCGACUAAAAAUGGUGGUGUUUUGUCUGAAUUUAUGAAUUUACAUCCAUGGUAUGAUGAAUAUCCUACAGUUCCACCAAUAUUUAUUUUAAAUGGUUUUAUGUACUCCUUGAUUGGAUUAUAUGAUUUGUUUUCAUUAGCUCCUAACGGUUCAGAGGUUUCGCAAGAAGCUCAUUCAUUAUGGAAACAAGGUAUGACAUCAUUGAAAAAUUUAUUACCAUUGUUUGACAUGGGUUCAAGAUCAGCAUAUGAUCUCAGGCAUGUAACACUUGAUAUAGCGCCAAAUAUUGCACGAUGGGACUACCAUGCUACACAUAUCAACCAACUAUUAUUGCUGGCCACACUGGACAACGCAACAGUUAUACAAACUACAGCUAAAAGAUGGAUUAGUUAUAUGAAUGGUGCUCGUGCAUCGCAUAAUUAAGUUAUUAAGACACUAAGAGUAUUAAACAUACAUAAAUUUAGUAAAAUAUAUUUAACAAAAUAUUGGGAAAAAAGUAUGGCUGUGACGAUUUUUUUUCUCCUAAACAUGUUGCAUUUUUAAUUUAUACUAUAUUUUUAGGGGAAAUGUGCAUUAACAAAAUAACUAAAUUUUUAAUUUAAAUGAAUAGCUGUAAUUGAAUAUUAAAAACAUACAGCAAUUAUAACAUUUAGUUAUAGUAAAGUGAUUUUUUUGUUUUAAAAACUAAAUAUAUAAUGUAGAGAUGUUACAAACCAUAAUAUUUAAGGUCGAACCGAACCCAAACCGAACUUUUCUUUAAAUUAACGAACUCGAACAGAUCCGAACCUACACACUUUUAAUCGAACCYGGACCGAACCGAACUCUUCAAAUAUUUUAUCGAACUCGAACCGAACCUUAAAAAUUAAAUUGGGUAUUAUUUUAUUUAAUAUUUAA